AUGUAUGCAAUUGACGAGUUGACUUCCAUCAAGUUGACUCACGAAGUUACAGUUCCUGAUUUUAUUUCCAAUUGGAAGUCUAUUACUACAAGAUUGCGGAAAAGUAAUCAAUCACUGGCAACAAGCCGUGAGCUUCUCCGUGUUUUCCUCCUCAAGGCAAUUGUCUCUGAUACAUACAGUGACAUGAGACGUUACAUUGUGAAGUACCCGUUAGCUUCCAUUGACAAGUAUCUUGAACAAUUACGCUCCCACAGUAAAACACAAGCUCUCAUUGACAAGGACCCCCCUGUCCUAAACGACGGUGCUGUGGUGGCUUGCCGUGGAGCACCUGACAAGGGCUACAAGAAGAUUACCAACAGUGGCGCCAACCAAUUCUUGGCAGGCUACGUUUGGAGAAGGAUUGGUAUCACUGGAAGACAUAUCACACUCACAGGGCCUAUUGCAGGUCAAGACAUUGGUACUGUCUUACCAGUGUCAUCAGUUGCUGCCAAGAUAAUUGAUGCACACGGCAACACCUAUUGUGGUAAAGCCCAUGAAGUCCUUCACGACACUAACCUACACCAACAUGAAUCUUUACUCCCUCCAGCUCAGGCCUGCGCUGCUGGUAAUGCUGUGGAUGAUUGCCCAUCUGAUGCACUAACACCAAGAGGUGACUAUGGAACUCAAUGUUGUGUGAUUAGUGGCCAUACACUUCCAUUAUUCUUUGAUGGAUUCAAGUGUUAUCACCGUGUGAAGGCCAUCACUGAUAAAGAAAUGAGAACUUUGCCGGAAAUUGUAUUCACCAGUGAUGAGGAGUAUGAGCCUUCUGCCCAUAGUAAAUCUUGA